GCAACUUAUAUUUCACGUAAAUGUGACGUAAAUGUGACUGAUUUCAUGCGCUAUAUGUGUGUUUUAAAAGUCAAGAUUAAUACUUUGCAAUGGAUAAACUUCAAAUUCACUACAUGAUUUAAUAAUUCAGGAAGAUGCCUUAAUCUUGGUGUGUGUCCUGCGCAGUGGCUCCCACUACAGCCAGCCCCUCCACCGGUUCCUCCUCUCUCCUAUUACUUCUUAGGAGGAGGGAGGGGGGUCACUCUUUAGACAAGCGGAUAUUGCGAGGAACCGAGAAGCAAACGGACCUUGGAGAGCAAACUAGCACGUUAUCACUCAUUUAAAUGGAGGCGUGCAUCCCCCCUCUUUGACUUGAAACUGUUUGCACCCAAGCCGGCGGUUCGGAGGAGGCGCAAAUGAACAUUGUGCAGCAGCAGCAGCAGCAGCAACAGCAGGAGCAGCAGGAGAACAAGAAGCAGACGAAGCAGCAGCGCCAAACUCACUAUGCACCCGGAGUGAACACACGCAGGGAGACAAUACGGAACCCGCCGGGCUCGCAGAGGAGCCACAUUUUCCUUAUCGGGACUCUCCUUUUUUUCCUCUCCAUUCCGUGUAAAUCUAACCGUAGUGUGGAUAUUCUUCCCCCUUUUUUACUCACCGAUUGAGAGCGAUUUGACUUCACAGCGAGGACAAGUGGUUUGAUCCGCCAAACUCCAGCCAUGACGUCUCCGGCCAAAUUCCGAAAGGACAAGGAGAUUGUGGCGGAAUAUGAAACUCAAGUUAAAGAGAUCCGUGCCCAGCUGGUGGAGCAGCUCAAAUGUCUGGACCAGCAGUGUGAGCUCAGGGUGCAGCUGCUGCAGGACCUGCAGGACUUCUUCAGAAAGAAAGCGGAGAUCGAGAUGGACUACAGCCGCAACAUGGAGAAGCUGGCCGAGCGUUUCCUCACCAAGACGCGCAGUACCAAGGACCACCUUAUGAAGAAGGAGCAGAGCAUCCUGUCGCCAGUGAACUGCUGGAACCUGUUGUUGCUUCAGGUGAAGAGGGAGAGCCGAGACCACGCCACACUGUCCGACCUCUACCUCAACAACAUCAUUCCUCGUUUUGCGCAGAUUAGUGAAGACUCGGGACGCCUCUUCAAAAAGAGCAAAGAGGUUGGCGUGCAGCUGCAAGAGGACUUGAUGAAAGUUCUCAAUGAGCUCUAUUCGGUGAUGAAGACGUACCACAUGUACAACACCGACAGCAUCAAUGCAGAGUCCAAGCUCAAGGAGGCGGAGAAGCAGGAGGAGAAACAGAUGGGGCGCUCCAGUCGCCAAGACGAUCGCCAGACACCGCGCUCGCCAGACACGCUCGCCAGCAUCAAGGCUGACGACAAACCCAUCCGCCGCUCCAGCGUCAAAAAAAUCGAAAAGAUGAAGGAGAAGAGACAAGCCAAGUACACAGAGAACAAGUUGAAGGCCAUCAAGGCCAGGAACGAAUACCUGCUCGCUCUUGAGGCCACCAAUAGCUGCGUCUUCAAAUAUUACAUCCAUGACCUCGCCGAUAUUAUUGACUGCUGUGACCUGGGCUACCACGCCAGCCUUCACCGCGCCUUGAGGACCUACUUGUCUGCAGAACAGAACGUGGAGACGUCCAAGCACACCGGCUUGGAGACCCUAGAAGGGGCGGCAGAGAGCCUGGAGCCCAAUGGGGACAAACAGAAGCUGAUGGAGACCUACAACAACGUAUUCUGCCCUCCAGCUCGCUUUGACUUCCAGUCGCAUAUGGGAGACACGAUGGGAGUGGUGUGCGCUCAGCAGCCACUAGAAGGUGAGCUUCUCCAAAGAUGUCAGCAGCUUCAGUCCCGUCUCUCCACGCUGAAGAUAGAGAACGAAGAGGUGAAGAAGACCAUGGAGGCCACUCUGUCCACCAUACAGGACAUGGUGACCGUGGAGGAUUAUGACGUGUCCGAGUGCUUCCACCACAGCAACAGCAUGGAGUCUGUCAAGUCCACAUUCAGUGAAUCCUACCUGAGCAAGCCCAGCCUCGCUAAGAGGCGUGCUAACCAACAGGAAACGGAACAGUUCUACUUCACGAAGCUGAAGGAAUUUCUUGAAGGUAGGAACCUGAUCACCAAGCUGGAGGCCAAGCAUGACCUCAUUCAGAAGACCAUAGGAGAGAGUCAGAAGACUGACUGUUGCCUUGCCAGUGGACGGAGAAACUCUGCAGUACGGAAACAGGAAUCAGGUGAAGCCAUUCCUCUGAUGGUGGAGAGCUGCAUCCGCUUCAUCAGUCGCCAUGGUCUGCAGCACGAGGGUAUUUUUCGAGUCUCGGGCUCCCAGGUGGAAGUCAAUGACAUCAAGAAUGCAUUUGAGCGAGGUGAGGACCCAUUAGCAGGGGACCAGAAUGACCAUGACAUGGACUCAAUUGCCGGUGUCCUCAAGCUCUACUUCAGAGGACUGGACCACGCCCUUUUCCCAAAGGAAGUCUUCCAUGACCUCAUAUCCUGUGUCUCGAUGGAAAGCCUCCUGGAGCGAGCCGUCCACAUUAAGAAAGUGCUGCAGUCUUUGGCGAGCAAAACUCUCAUCAUCAUGAGAUACCUGUUUGCCUUCCUCAACCACCUGUCUCAGUACAGUGAGGACAACAUGAUGGACCCCUACAACCUGGCCAUCUGCUUCGGCCCCACCCUGAUGUCUGUCCCCGAGGGUCACGACCAGGUCUCCUGCCAGGCGCAUGUCAACGAACUCAUUAAAACCAUCAUCAUCCACCACGACACCAUCUUCCCCAGACUGCAGGACCUUCAGGGCCCCAUCUACACCAUCCCUGGAGCUGGUGAUGACUUCUGUGACAGUCCCCACUGUGAGCCCCCACUUGUGGAAGAGCCAGCGCCUGACGCCGUGUCCAUUCGCCACAACAGCGAAGACGGCACCUUGGCUGUUUCAGAGUCCGACCCGGUUGAAGCCAUUGCUCGUUUCGACUAUUCCGGCCGCACCAGUCGCGAGCUGUCCUUCAAGAAGGGUGCGUCUUUAUUUCUGUACCAGCGAGCGUCUGACGACUGGUGGGAAGGGAGACACAACGGCGUGGAUGGACUGGUGCCGCAUCAGUACAUUGUGAUCCAAGACAUGACUGAUGGAGGUCGAGGUAGCCCAAAACCUGAUGUGGACGGCAGAGACCAGCUCGAAGAGAGAGUUUCCACUCGAGGAAGUGCUGCGUCACCCACUGGAGCUCACGUGGCGGACAUCUACCUGGCCAACCUGAACAAAAUGAGGAAGCGUCCAGAGUCGGGGAACAUCAGAAGAACAUUCCGAAGUUCCGAUAGCGAUAGCCCAGGAGCCAGCGGAGGGGUGAGAACUGCAUCCCUACCUGUUGGCGGAGCUCUGGUGAAAGAGUCUACAGACAAACGUCCCGUUAGCGCUCACAGCAUCCUCAACUCCAUCACACGCCACUCCUCGCUGAAGACCAAAGUGGAGAGCCCUCAGUUGCGGAAAACAACUCCAGCAGGACGCUCCAAGAGCUUCAGCAACCACAGACCUCUGGAACCUGAGGUCAUAGCGCCGUUGGAGCACAGCUCACAGGACAUUGAGGCGGCCAUGAGCUCCGCCCUGAGCGAGCUCAGGGAGCUGGAACGACAGAGCACCUCCAAACACACCCCCGACGUGGUCCUCGACACGCUGGAGCAGCUGAAAGGUGUGAGCGGUGGAGGAGGCGGAGCCUCGGAACCCUCCAGCCCACUCCACUCCCGCCUGUUACGCGACAGCGAGGGGGGCUCCUCGCACGGCCACCCGCUCCAGCGCAGCGCCUCCUCGGCUAGCGACGUGCCCUCCUCCUUCAGAGCCGCCAAGGGUCAACCGAGGAGCCCCCUUCCUUCGGCCACGUCGCCUUCGCUGUCCUCUUCUUCGCUCUCCUCGUCCGUUCCCUCGUUCAGAGAGCUGCGUCCACCGGCAACGAGGCCCAAGCCGGUAGUGUUCCCAAAGAGCGGCGGCGGCGGCACUGGCAGUCCGGCGAUGGGGUCCCCGACAUCCACCGUGCCCCCGACACCUCCUCCUCCGCCCGUGGGGCACACACACUCCCUCCCGCACACCCCUCCUCCGCCGCCUCCCCCCCAGUCUAAUGACAAAUCCUGCCCGGCUUAGCACGUUUUUUUUUUUACUUCCUGCUUGAAUCUGAUCUCAGCUCUUCUAGCACUUAGCUUGUUCUUCAUACUCUCACUCACUACUCACUGUAGCACUCACCGCUGGCGAGGGUUCGGGGACGAGAUUGGACACAAUAGCUCGUUUUGUUUGACUUCACGUGGAGAUUUACGCGAGGAAUAAGCUCUGUUUGAUUCCUAAGAAGAGACUGUGAAAUUUGGUCAUAUGAAACACACUUGCUGCUUCACACGUGGAACUCGGGAGUGAAAGUAAGAAAAGAAAAAAAAAAAAAACGGGGCCAAAUACGAGCAAGAGUGAGAGCUUUAUCUAUUCAUUUGUGUUUAUUACUGUUUGUUCUCGGUUCACUAAACUCUUGAAUCAAGAUUAAUUCUAAAUAUAGCAAUAAUAAUAAUAAAAGCUGGUAAGUUUGAGGCAUUAUAUGCUGCUUUUCUCCUGCAGCUUUUCUUCUAUGUGUAGGGGACCACUGAAAGCCAGCAUUUGUUUUUUUUUUUUGUUUUUUUUUUGUACAUGUGAUAUUGAACUGUAUACACACACGUUAUUAUGUGUGUGUGUGGUGUUUUGUGGCAGCUAAACACCUUUCAGGUUGCAUGCUGUGGCCAUUAGACAGCAGCUGACAGCAGUCAUUGAUAUGCAAUACCGACAGGAGGGUUGCUAUUAAAAGAAAACAAAAAAAAAAAAAAAGACAGCUUGCUCAUAUAAUUACACUUCACAACUUGCAGUAAAAAAAAAAUCAUGAUUCUAAUGGUGUUUAUGUAUGUUUAUUAAUAAUGAUGGUAACUGGAAGCCUGGAGCAGAGGAAGUUUUUUUUUUAAUUUUUUUUUUUUUUUUUUUGUGUUUAGCCAGAAGCACAACCAACCACCUCAUUCGAUGACUUAUUAAGCAAACUUUUAUUCUGCUUUUUUUUUUUUUUUUUUUUUUUCACUGUUACUGUUUUCUGGUCAGAUGUGGAACUGUGAUGGUUUAUGAUCGUAUGCAUGGGAGCAUGCUUGGAUAAAUGGAUGGAUGAAUGAAUGGAUGGAUGCACCAUUGCAACAGGCAAAAAAAAAAAAAAAAUGGUGCACAACAUAGGUCGCACACAACCAUGACACCUUUAGAGGAGUGGCCAAAGAAGAACCUAUUAAAUAUUAAAUAUACGCUUUUGCAAGUAUCUCAACUAAUUCAUAAGUGUUCAUUUCUUUGGAAUCAACACCGAAUCUCCCACUCUCUCUACCAAGUGAAUCACACUUGUACAUGUGUUUUUUUUUAAAUAUCUGUAUAAUGAUUGCAUCUAUUUUUGUUGCUCUUACCUCAUCAUGACAACUGGAGGGGACUGUGACUGUGGAUGAUUAGAGCGGUUGCCGCGUUUGUCUCGAAUCAAAUAUCUUGCACUUGAACAAGUUGGCUCUGCGUGUGGACUAACCGUGCGUGCGGGUGAUUUUAUCAAGAUUUGUCAAAUAUGCAUUUGUGAACCAUUGAAACAGUUGAACUAAAAGACAAAAAAAAAACAGACUGUAAUGUCAAAUCUAUUUAUAGUCGUCUUUGUUUUACUGGAGAAUCCUGUGUUCGGAUGUACUUUGUAUAUACAAUGUUGUACAUUACAGAGGUACACUCUUUUUUUUUUGGUACAAUAUUGUACAGUAAUAUCAACAGUGGUUUAAUCACAUAGGCCUUAUAUACUUCCAUGUGUAGUUCUUGUCGUAGAGUCUUUUUUUUUUAUUAAAUAAACAUUGCUUGCUAUAAUGUA